AUGUUCGAGGCGUAUACAUCAAUAGAAAUAGCUUCAAAAUUGGAGAAAUCGAUAGAUGUAGCAUCUCUGGCAGCCCAUAACCAUGCAGCUAAAGUAUAUCUUGGAAGUAAAGCUGGUUAUUUAGUAGCUCUAAAUGGAGUUCGACAAGGUAAACGAGGAUAUGAUUUGCUGAUGUGUCGAUCGUUUGAAAAAAAAUCAGUGUAUGAGUUAUGCUGCAUUGAAAGACAUGAUAUAUUACUGUGCUUAACGGAUUCGCAACUUGCAGUACAUGAUCUUUCUGAGCCAUUCGCUCUGAAAGCUCUUAUUUCUGAUGUUAGACCUAUCUCAGCUUUCUGUGCCACCGUUUCUGAGGUUGAUGGGUUACUAUAUGUGGCUGUUAGUGCUAGAAAAAAGAUAUUUUUAUACAAAUGGGUUGUUGAUGAGUUUACUAGGAUGGAAUUCGAUAUGUCUCUAGCAUCAUUUCCUGAACCUGUCAGUUAUAUGACCUGGUUUGGUCCAAUAAUAUCAAUGGUUUCACAAAAUGAGUAUUAUUAUAUGGCUGUUUUUCCACUCGCGGAAGAUGUCGUGAAUGUAAAAAAAUUGUUCGACGUCGGUUCCAAAACGGAAAAUCCAGUAAUCAUUGGACUACUUGAUCAUAAGCUUAUUGCAUAUUGUCGUGACAAUUUCUUAUUUUUCCAAGAAUAUUAUGGAACUGUGAAUCCAAUGUCAGAAGUGAAAUUCUCAGAUACUCCUCUAAAUAUUGUAUAUGAUGCUCCUUAUUUGUUGGCUUUAAUGAAAAAAGGCAGAAUUGAGAUAAGGUCAUUAAGACCAACAACACAUAUACAAACUAUCCAGCUCAAUAAAGCAGCAUAUAUUUCAGCUGGUUUGAAAGGUACUGUAUAUGUUGGAAGCUGUAGCGAUGUAUGGCUUUUAGAUUCGCGACCUAAAAUGAUGAAUAAUGUGGAACAGUUAAUUCGUGAAAAACAAUUUGAAUUAGCUGUUCAGCUAGCGGAAAAAUGCUGCGAAAUUGGUGAUAAAGGAGUUGUUGAAAUAAAACGUAAAGCAGCUUUCAAUUUAUUCUGUCAACGUAGAUUUGAUGAAUGGCUUGAAAUACAUGCACAGAUUAAAACUGAUGUUAUGACUGUAAUAGCACAUUUUCCACGAUUGUUGGAUUCUACGUACCAGGAUUCGUUGAAAUCAUUACUUGAGGAAGAGCCACCAGAUUUUCCUGAAAAUGAAUUCAGAAGUGGAUUGCAGUCAUUGGCUCCGUUUCUAGCUUCUAUACGGAUGGAACAUGCGAAGUCUGUAACUGAAAUUAAAAAAUUCCGGAAUCCAUCUUUGUCAGAUUCCAAUAUAAUAGAGCAGUUACGAAGCCAUGAGAAUGUUUUGCAAGUAGUUGACACUACAUUAUUAAAGUGCUACUUGCAGACCAAUGAAAGCUUAGUUCCACUACUUCUUCGUCUUCCGGAUAACAUGUGCAUAUUAGCUGAUUCGGAAAAAGUAUUGCUGGAACGUCGAAAGUACUAUGAACUGUAUAUUUUGUAUGAAAAGAAGGCAUUGCAUCAAAAAGCAUUAAAUUUGCUAAUGUCACAAGCUCAUGUAGAAGGAAGCCAAUUACGAGGUUGCAAGAUGACAGUAGAAUAUCUACAGAAGCUCGGAAGCAGUCAUUUGGAUUUGAUUAUUCAAUAUUCUGCUUGGGUUUUACAAGAAGAUCUUAAUACAGGUCUUUCGAUCUUCAUCCAUGAUACUCCAGAAAUCCGAUCAUUAGAUCGAGGACGAAUUUUGAAAUUUUUGACUCAUGAAUGUAUUGCUGCUGUAAUUCCAUAUUUGGAACAUAUAAUUUAUGAAUGGGAAGAGGAUUCGCCAAAAUUUCAUGGAGCUUUGGGUGAACAUUACAUUGCAAAAGUAAAGCAGUUACAACGUGAUUAUAUCAAUGUUCUUCAAGAAGAUGAGCAUGUUGCGCCAGCUGGAGAAGAAGAAGGGGAACUUGGUGAAUACAGGCGUAAGCUUCAACGUUUUUUGCAAACAUCUGUUGCUUACAGUCCCGAAAAAUUGCUAGUUCUGUUGCGCCACAAUACUUUAUAUGAAGAAAGAGCAAUGUUAUUAGGACGUUUGAAACGGCAUCAACAAGCACUGGCUAUUUAUACACAAAUAUUGAAGAAUUAUAAGGCUGCAGAAAAAUAUUGUGUAGAUUGUUAUGAUCCUCAAGACCCAGAGCGGUCAAAGAUAUUUUUAAUUCUACUUCAAAUGUACAUAGACCCACCUGACACAUCCAUCAUAGGAUUGAUGCAAAGCGAUCACUGUCAAGUUAUACCCAAUCCUGAGGAAGCAGUUAGGAUUUUAAAAAAACAUCAUGAUGUUUUCGAUGCAGUGGAAGUUGUCUCAUUAUUACCUCACGAUUAUACAUUGAAAUCUGUUUGGCCUGGUUUAUCAAUUAUUCUACAAGAUGUACAUGACAGAAAAAUUACUACAAUGCUUCAUAGAAGUAUAUGUGAUACAGCAUUAAAGCGUUCGGGGCAGCAGAAAGGUAGAUGUCGUUGUAUGAAGUUUGUCAUCGACUACCAAAGUGAAUGCGCUGCAUGCGGCAAAAAAAUCGCCAAUAGUGCCUUUGCUCGUUAUCCGAAUGGUCGUUUGGAGCAUUUCUAUUGUUAUCAACACAAAAUAGAAAAACAGUAA